AUGGAUUUAUCUUAGCCUGAUUUCGGAGUAGCAAAAGAAUAUGACGCAAAAAUUUUUGAUCUACAAAAAGACAUUGAAGAAUUAGAAAGAUAGUUUGGAUUCAAAAAAGAUUAAGCUCAAAAAAAUUUAGAAAUAGAAGGAAAAAAUUAAAAAAAAGCAACUAUUAGUGAAGGAUUAAGUAAGAAAUAAGAAUUUAAAGGCAAUUAUUUAGAUGAUGAAGACGAAUAACCUUAGAUGAUUAGGCCUGCACCAAUUCCUAUGAAUGCAACAAAAUAUUUAAAUUAAUAAGUAAAAUAAAAUAGAUACUCAAAUUUAGUUUCCAUCAAGCCUGACCAGCCUAAAUUAGCUAAAAAAAAUCCAGAAAUAAGUGAAAAAUGGCAAGAAAUAUUCUCUUAAAAACCAGAUUUAAUGAAAUUUUAUAAGAAAGAUGAGUUUGACCCUGUUGACUUUAACAAAAGGGAUUUCUAAACAAAUAUUCAUUUGCAGAAAGAAAACGAAGUAUUCAAUGAUUACAUGAAUACAUUUGCUUUAAAUAACUUAUGA